AUGUUGACACUCUUGGUCAGUCUGUCGGUUUUAGUUGUGGAAUUUAUUUAUGGUACACGUCCGGGUUACCUGCUUUUCUGUCUUGGUGGACUGUCUGUGGUUCGCCUCUCACUGAUGGCACGCCAUAAGGCACCCUUAGGAGCCAUCCGAAUCAAUGCAAUUUUUGCCGAGCAAAGCAGAACGCUUAUGGAUUCCCGAGAGCGCAUCCGGAAACAAAUUUAUGAUGGUCAUCUUCCAGUGGCAUUGCUAUAUGAGCGAUGGGUGUUUCCCCUUUCUGGUAUGGCCCCACUCCAGGGGAAUUAUUCUUGGCGUCCUCGCCACUCUGGAUUAGGUGUAUACUUUUUUGCAUAA